AUAACUUGCCACCGCGAAGUCAUUGUCUGACAUUCUUCAAUUAAUUAUUGAUGAUUUGGUGAUUGUUUGACGAAAUUGACAGAGCGAAUUCGGUAGGGAAUAGCUUUAAUUUAUUAGUGAAUUUAUGGACUUGUGAAGGUGGUCAGUGGAAAAAGUGGAAUCAAUUGAUUUUUACGGAAAGAAUCAAACUAUUUCAAACAUGCCAGCUACAUCAACACAUAAAAUUAUUACAACUCUGGGAUUUAUAUCUAUUUUGCAUGCGGCGUAUUCAGCAGCCCAACAUCGAUCGUACUUGAGGAUAACUGAGCAGGAAUUCACGACUUUACCAGUCGAUAUAUUGAUCCAAGGCAUUCUCAGCCUCUUCAUCGUGAUGUACGGAGUUCUGUAUAUCGCCGGGGACUUUAAGGAGAUCCGUGCUAUCGUGGAGCUCGAGAACAAAUCGUGGGAGAGCACUAGAAACCUUCCAUCAUUCCAAAUAUUCCAUCACCGAGGAAGAUGUCUUUCUCCAGACUAUGUACCUCCCUACUAACGUUUAGUAUUUAAAGUUAUUAAAAACAAAUCAACAGUUUGAUGGAAAAUUAUGGGAGACCUUCAAUUAGCGACUAAUUACCAAAUUCCCUCCGAAAAAAAAUAACGGCAAUGUUGUAAUCGUAAGAAGACAUUUUAAUGAAAAAAAAAUCUGCCAAUUUUCGUUACAAUAGUUAUGCAUGAAGAUAUAAAAUAAAAAUUAAGAUAUUCACUCGAA